CUUUGGUCUGCGGGUACGUGUGGUGUAGUCGCUCAUCACACCCUGGCUUUGGAGCGAGUCGCACACUCACACCGACACGCACACUCAGAAAUACACUGCACCGAGCAAGGGAACCGCUGAAGAACCCAGUCGCGUAGGGGGGACAGAUCAGACGAAGCCGCCAAGAUGUGUGACAUGGGGGGAUUGGAUAACCUGGUGGCCAACACGGCCUACCUGAAAGCCCAGGGUGGCGACGACAAGGAGAUGAAGAAGCGUCGCCGAAGUCUAUCAUUACCCAAGCCCGAGCAGUGUACCGCCAUCCGGGAAACUGUGGAUAACAACUUUGAGUCGCUUUGCGAGAGGCAGCCGAUCGGCAAGAAGUUCUUCCGGCAGUUCCUGACUUCUACCCCAGAGUACAUCAAUGCCGCUGAGUACCUGGACGAGCUGAAUGACUGGGAUCUGGCGGAAGGCGCUGACAAGGACAAGCAGAGGACGAACAUGAUGAACAAGUUCUGCAACGCCGCCUCCAAGAACUUCCUGACAUACCUCACUGGGGAGGUAGCCGACAAGUGCAAGGCAGUGACGGACAAGGACUUUGAUGAAGUGAUGAAUGUUAAGGUGAAGGAAGCCACACGGGAGUUUCUGAAAGGCAAACCGUUCACGGAUUACCAAACUAGCCCCUUCUUUGACAAAUUUCUGCAGUGGAAGGAGUACGAGAAGCAGCCCAUCAGUGAUAAAACCUUCUAUGAGUUCAGAACUCUGGGCAAGGGAGGUUUCGGAGAGGUAAGCAUGCAACCAAUACAGCAGCAAGAUGUCUUGGCAACAUGUGCAAAAUGACUACGUGUCAGUAAUAUGUAUCGGCAAUAUUAUCUAUUUAAUGAAUAUGUAAAACCUUUGUGAUCACAGGACAAUGCACAAAAUAGCUAGGCACAAAAUAAAGAAUUAAUCCUAUGUAGUCUUUCCCAUGGUUUCACUGAUGCACAGUGUCUAUUAGUACAAAAUACACCUCAGUUAGUCUUUGCAAAGAACUAAUCUAUCUCUCUAAAAGUUGACCCACAGUUCUUAGCUCUUAAUCAGUUUCAUCCCACCUUACUCCUCUAUGCAUACUUUCAAGCUUGUAUCAUUAUCGAGUUGUUCCGAAAGAUGAGAAUUGUCUAAAAACCAAAUGUCUCCCUGUUAGAGCACUGGGGCAGUAUCAAAGCUUAGUGUCAUGAGGUGGCAUUUAUACAACCCUUAGGGAACUUUGCUGAGGUAUUCAGGAGUCCUCCUAACCCAUGGCCUCCCUCUGUCCAGGUAUGUGCCGUACAGGUGAAAAACACAGGCCAGAUGUACGCCUCCAAGAAGCUGUGCAAGAAACGCCUGAAGAAGAAACAUGGGGAGAAGAUGGCCCUACUGGAGAAGCAGAUCCUGGAAAAGGUCAACAGCCUGUUCCUUGUCAACCUGGCCUACGCCUACGACAACAAGACCCAUCUGUGCCUUGUCAUGACCCUGAUGAAUGGCGGUGACCUCAGGUACCACAUCUAUUACGUCAGUGAGAAGACCAAGGGUAUCGAGAUGCCACGCAUCAUCUACUACACAGCGCAGAUCUGCACAGGCAUCCUUCAUCUGCAUGAAAUGGAUAUCAUAUACCGUGAUAUGAAGCCAGAGAACGUGCUGCUGGACAGCUUUGGCCAGUGCCGACUCUCUGAUCUGGGUCUGGCCGUGGAGCUGCCCGCUGGAAAGACCAUCUCCCAGAAGGUAAGCCUGUUGAAGUUGGAUUUUCAAGAACUUGUAGUUGACUGUGACAAUGGGAAACUAUCAAAAGUCGGUAGCAGUAGGGAUGGUGGAGAAUGAGUAUGAAGAGAUGAUGAGAAUGUCAUGACAAUGAAGGCAAUAAGACAGAGAGUUGAUGACCUGAAAGGUUCCUUUAUGAUUGCGAUCUGAUAGCAAGCUUGCAGAAUUGACCUUUUCAACAUAGUGUGACAAUUUGAAUGGUUAAAAGUGUCUGUGGCAUUUGCAAGGGCCUUCUGAUGAAUUGUCAAUGAUGUGUUACUGACAGCAACAGCUUGAGGUUAAAAGUCAGGCUGGAGUGUUUAUAUCUGAGCAGAAGCGACAUGCUAUGUCUCACUAAAAGGAUGAGCAGUCAAUUAAUAUGGGAGGGAGUGGGUGAGUUUAUGAUUAGACCAUGGUAUUGUCAAAUCAAAUCAAAUUGUAUUUCUCGCAUGCUUCGUAAACAACAGGUGUAGACUAACAGUGAAAUGCUUACUGACGAGUCCUUCCCAAACAAUGCAGAGAGAAAAAUAGAACAAUUAUAGAAACAAAUUAUAUCAUGGGGAAUAAAUACACAAUGAGCAAAUAAUACUUAUAUACAGGGUACCAGUACCGAGUCGAUGUGCAUGGAUACGAGGUAAUUGAGGUAGAUAUGUACAUACAGUGAGUGUACAAAACAUUAAGGACACCUGCUCUUUCCAUGACAGACUGACCAGGUGAAUCCAGGUGAAAGCUACGAUCCCUUAUUGGUGUCACUUGUUAAAUCCACGUCAAUCAGUGUGGAUGAAGGGGAGGAGACAAGUUAAAGAAGGAUUUUUAAGCCUUGAGACAAUUGAGACAUGUAUUAUGCUCAACAUUUUCCUGUGUGUAUCAAGAAUGGUCCACCACCUAAAGGACAACCAACCAACUAGACACAACUGUGGGAAGCAUUGGAGUCAACAUGGGCCUGCAUACCUGUGGAAUGCUUUCAACACCUUGUAGAGUAUAUGCCUCGACGAAUGGAAGCUGUUCUGAGGGCAAAAAGGUGUUGGGGGGGGGGGGGGGUGCAACUCAAUUUUAGGAAGGUGUCCUUAAUGUUUUGUACACUCAGUGUAUAGGAAGGGGUAAAGUGACUAGGCAACAGGAUAGAUAAUAAACAGUAGCAGCAGCAUAUGUGAAAAGAGUUAUAAAGGUAUAUGCAGAUAGUCUGGGUAGCUACACUACAUGACCAAAAGUAUGUGCACAACUGCUCGUCAAACAUUUCAUUCCAAAAUCAUGGGCAUUAAUAUGGAUUUGGUCCCCCUUUUCCUGCUAUAACAGCCUCCACUCUUCUGAGAAGACUUUCCACUAGAUGUUGGAACAUUGCUGCGGGGACAUGCGUCCAUUCAGCCACAAAAGCAUUAGUGAGGUCGGGCACUGAUGUUGGGCGAUUAGGCUUGGCUCAAAGUCGGCGUUCCAAUUCAACCCAAAGGUGUUCGAUGGGGUUGAGGUCAGGGCUCUGUGAAGGCCAGUCAAGUUCUUCUACACCGAUGUUGACAAACCAUUUCUGUAUGGACCUCGCUUUGUGCACAGGGGCAUUGUCAUGAUGAAACAGGAAAAGGCCUUCCCCAAACGAUUGCCACAAAGUUGGAAGCACAAAAUCAUCUAGAAUGUCAUUGUAUGCUGUUGCGUUAAGAUUUCCCUUCACUGGAACUAAGGGGCCUAGUCCGAACCAUGAAAAACAGCCGCAGACCAUUAUUCCACCUCAACCAAACUUUACAGUUGGCACUAUGCAUUGGGGCAGGUAGCGUUCUCCUGGCAUCCGCCAAACCCAGAUUCGUCACUCCAGAGUCCAAUGGCGGCGAGUAUUACAGCACUCAAGCCGACGCUUGGCAUUGCACAUGGUGAUCUUAGGCUUGUGUGCGGCUGGUCGGCCAUGGAAACCCAUUUCAUGACGCUCCCGACGAACAGUUCUUGUGCUGACGUUGCUUCCAGAGGCAGUUUGGAACUCGGUAGUGUUGCAACCAAGGACAGACGAUUUUUACGCGCUAUGUGCUUCAGCACUCGGCGGUCCCGUUCUGUGAGCUUGUGUGGCCUACCACUUCGCGGCUGAGCCGUUGUUGCUCCUAGACGUUUCCACUUCACAGUAACAGCACUUACAGUUAACCUGGGCAGCUCUAGCAGGGCAGAAAUUUGACGAACUGACUUGUUGGAAAGGUGCCAUCCUAUGACGGUGACACGUUGAAAGUCACUGAGCUCUUCAGUAAGGCCAAUCUACUGCUAACGUUUGUCUAUGGAGAUUGCAUGGCGGUGUGCUCGAUUUUAUACACCUGUCAGCAACGGGUGUGGCUGAAAUAGCCGAAUCCACUCAUUUGAAGGUGUGUCCACAUACUUUUGUAUAUAUAGUGUAUUUGGUUAACUAUUUAGCAGUCUUUAUGGCUUAGGGGUAGAAGCUGUUCAGGGUCCUGUUGGUUCCAGACUUGGUGCAUCGGUACCGCUUGCCGUGCGGUAGCAGAGAGAACAGUCUAUGACUUGGAUGGCUGGAAUCUUUGCCCAUUUUUCUCCCUGCCUAGGAUGAGCUAUUAGAUGAUGGGGCUAAAGUUGUUUUCCCUGGAAAUGGAGUCCUGCCAGGGUUAGGGUUGGUAACUUUUGACCCCAUUUAUAUACUCUCUGGACCCUCUCUCUGUCUCUGAUUACUUGAUCAUUCAGGAUCUGUCGAAGAGGAGACUCUACCUUCAUUAUAUAAUCAAUUUGAUCCUUAGUGGUUAUUAUAGCCCAGACAGUUAUAGGAUGAACAUUUUGGGGGCUGAGUGACUGCGUUGAAAGUAGAGUUGGGGGUUUGGUUGGGUUGGGUGGGGAGUGUGUCAAGGGGUGUCCUCUUGCAACCACCUGAACUCUACAGUGAAAAGAUUCUGGGAUUGUUUGUGUACAUGUCUGUACAUGCUGUCCAGCCCCUCAACUCUUUGGAUACUGCCUAAACUUAUCUAUAGCACCUUUGUGCUUUAAAAAUAAAAAUUAAAAAAAUUAAAGAUAAGAAAGAUUUAUGUAGCCUUUUGAGAAUGUAGAAUGGUCAAAGGGCUCUAUGUAGGGUGCCUGGAUGAAAAAAUUGGGCCAACCAAAAACAACCUAACCAAUCAAAGACACAGCACAGGCGUUUGCAAGUCAAAGAACAACAAAAACAGAUAGUUUAGAAGCAACUCUUUUGGUUAAGUCAACCAUUUUACUCAGAGUAGACAAGGCUAAUUAUGUUAAUUGUUAGAAUUGUGUUGUUACCUGGGAGUUUAACUGAUACUUGAUGAAAGAUGCAUAUUUGGAAGACUUUUGCCUGUGCUAGUUCCUAAGAUGCUGUGUGUACGUGUAUCAAUCACGUGAACCAGACUACCAUUAGCUUUCCUGUAAAAUGAUUAGUCACAGAGUUUUACAGAUUGGGUCAUCUCUGCAGGCCAAUAGUGAGUCUCACUCAUUGUGGCAAAGAGUAAGUUGCAGGCUCUAUAGAAGCCCAGUAAGCUCAUUAUCCAGUGCUCUUCUCUGGUCCUCCUUUUGCAGACCAGAGAGCUGUGGCUAACCCCCCAGAGGUUUGGCUGGCUUUGGCCUUCUAAGCCUCUUACUUAGCAGGCAUUACACAAAUCUGUUCCCUGAUCAGACUGGCAAAAUCAGGUAAACCAUACAUACAGUUUGUGUGUAUUAAUGAAUGUAUGUUUAGCAGUGUCAUUUCUUGACUAUGCAGUGUAUUAGUGAGCCCAAUAAAAUAAUUUUGCUUGUGGGGUUUAGGUUCAAUUGAGUUUAGCUAACACUUGAGGACAUAUUAUGGACAUAUGCAUUCUCCUUAACUGUAUGCAUAUCAAGUCUCAUGUAAAAGCAUAUAUAUCCACAUUGUUGGGCUGUUUUAAAGUGAUUAAGACUUACAUUUUACUAUUAAAAGUUUAAAAGAUCAUGCAGAGUACCCUAAGUACUCAAUGGAGUAAGCAAGGUGACCUCUCCCUUGUCCAUUGCCCUUGGUCAAGUAAUUAGAGGACAACGUUUUCCCCAGCUGUUUGGCCAAUGUCCACACUGCGUCAAGGCUGGACCAAUCAGGUGUUUGGAGGGCUUUGAUUUGACCAAUCACAGGAGUAUUCCAUAGCUGUCCUUGAAUCAAUUUAAGUCCUCAUCGUGUCACACGUGCUGUCCAUGUGGAAGACAGCUCCAAUGAUCUGCCAAUGAAAUGAAAAAUCCAAUGCAAUCCAUGUUUUGGAGAGGUGCUUUCAACGUGCUUAGCAUUUAAGCCCAGGGUCACUAGUCAACUGAAGGAUGGGAGUGGCAAGUCCAUUCCUCUUAGAUAAGUGUACAAGGAGAAACCUGGCAAGCAGGCCUGCUUAAGCUCAUGUAGAAUAAAAGCUAAUAGACACCUGCUACCAGUCAGCCAAGGUGAAAAGCCCUUGAAAUCAUGCUAAAGAUUACAUUUAUAGGGCUGUGGUAGCAAGCACACUUUGAAGGUAUCAUCCUCUACAGCAGGGUUCCCCAACUGGUGGCCCACAGGCCGAAUUUGGCCCACGGGUGGUUUUAUUUGACCCCCCCCCCCCCCCCCCCAAGUUUUCGAAGCAAAAAUAAAUAAAUCAUUUGUAUUUUAUUUUCAUUGUUGGCCAUAAAAGACUGUAAAAACACCAGGAAAUCAGCUCCAAGUGAUUUUAAUAGAGAGAUACAUGUGAUCAUAUACAAAUGUAAGCAAGGUUUGAAAUUAUUUUGUUUUAGUCAAAUAUUAUAUCUGGAUUAUUGCCCCCCGACCAGCCGCUCAAGAAAAAAUCGGCCCGCGGCUGAAUCUAGUUGAUGAUCCCUUCUCUACAGUACAAGACCACUGGUCUCAUCAUUCUCAACAGGAUGUAUUACUCCUCACAUUUGUAAUGCUAUGAUUGUGCAUUGUUAUCCAUAUAGAUGUGUGUGUGUGUGUGUGUGUGUGUAGAAAAUGUGCCAAACUAAAACUAAAACGGAUAUUUCAAUCAUACCGUACGAUGAUGAAUUGUCCUCUUAUUGUCUCCUUCAUCUUUCUCCCCUUCUCCUUGAAUCUCUCUCCUACAUCCCCUACCCUGUCCCAGGCUGGAACCGGAGCGUACAUGGCCCCUGAGAUCCUACAGGAUGUUCCCUACAGGACGUCAGUGGACUGGUGGGCCCUGGGGUGCAGCAUCUACGAGAUGGUGGCUGCCUACACCCCAUUCAAGGGUCCCGAAUCCGGGAAGCAGAAGGUGGAGAAGGAGGAGGUGCAGCGUCGCAUCAUCAACGAUGAACCCCCGUGGGAGCACAAGAACUUUGACGCGCCCACCAAGGCCAUCAUCCAGGAGUUCCUUAAGAAGAAGACUGAUGAACGCCUGGGCUGCAAGUAAGAGCAUCGGUCCGUCCAGGCUACGACUAAUAUUUGCAAUAAUAACAAUUCUCUAUUUUCUACUGAUGUUGUCAUUUAUGAAGAAACAGCCCAAUCAAGUCAGGUAGCUCACCAUUGCUGGCAAAAUAGCAUUUUGGCUAGCUGGCUAGCUUGAUGGCAAGGGUUGUGGUCAAUUCCUUUUCAAUUCCAGACAAUUUCCAGUUCCAAAUGUUCCUUGUUGAAAAGCAUUGCAGAUAAUUGGAAUUGGAAUUUCAGUGUACUUUCCUGAAUUGACAGGAAUUGAUAUGGAAUUGAUCCCAACCCUGUUGAUGGCUAACAUGCUAGCAUGUUGAUACAACAUAGAUUUUCAACUCAGUUGUCAGUCAACUACCUACAUUACAAUUGAUCAAGGCAGUAUCAAGACUAUCCAAUGCACUCUGCAAACAACUAGUCAACUAUGUAGUAAGCCUAGUUAGUCUCCACCUGCCAGUAUGAUCCUCAUGCGGAAAUGUCAAAAUUCUCUCCUCCACAGGGGAGGAGGCGAGGACCCCCGAAAACAUGAGUGGUUCAAGGCCAUCAACUUCCCUCGUCUGGAGGCUGGUUUGAUCGACCCCCCUUGGGUGCCCAAGCCCAACGUGGUCUACGCCAAGGACACUGGCGACAUUGCUGAGUUCUCUGAGAUCAAGGGCAUUGUGUUCGAUGCCAACGAUGAGAAGUUCUUCAAGGAGAUUGGCACGGGAGCCGUGGCCAUUCCAUGGCAACAGGAGAUGAUCGAAACGGGACUGUUUGACGAGCUCAACGACCCCAACAGGAAAGAGUCUGCUGGGGGGGGUGACGACGAGGGAAAGUCUGGCACAUGCACGCUGCUGUGAGCAACCAAAAUUGGCACAUAUAUACACCAGUAUAUGGCACCAACACAUAAACUGAUUCACUAAAAUUACAACUACAAAAAAUUACCCACCAAAAUAAUUAUACAAGGGAGGAGAGCAGCAGGAGAGAGAGAGAUGAGGUAUUCUUCCCAGGAACUGGUUGGUUACAAUUGAUUUUAGUAGCCAAAUGUUCCCUGAGCUGCAGAGCAAAUAGGAGGGUAAAAGGAGGCUUUACCAAGAAUAGUAUUGUCUCUUCAGAUUGCAUCUACUCCCAGAUGUUUCACAUGAUGUAGUAGUACCCUCCUGGCCAACAGGGGUCGCUAAAAGUUAAAUAUAACAAAUUCAUAUUGUGGAUACAAAAACAUGAUAUGAUUCAUGGAUAAAUACAGGCCUCUCGUUACAUAGAGCCUGCACCAGAAAGGUUUGCAUAUGUAGACUGCAAUGCUAGCCCUCAAACCUAGGCAAGGAAUAUGGUUGGGAUCUCGUUCUUGAUUACGAUGCAUUAAUUGAAUUUGAUACAGCCACGUUUUUUUUCCCGCUACAUUCCUUUUUGCCUCUCUAAAGGCAGAAGUGAUAUAUUUUUUUGUCAAUGUCUCUAUGGACACAUCACCUUAUUACAAAUUUCACCAGGAAGCAAUCAAAAGCAAAUAAAUAAUCAUUUCUACCAACAGAAGUUAUUUCAAAUGAAAUGUGGCAGAGGUAAUGUUUACUUACCUACAGUGACUCUUCACCUUUAAACCCAGUGAAGUCAAUCACUAGAUUUCCAAGAAGGUGGACUUUACAGUCCAGCAUCUAGUUUUAUUUUCAAAAUGGGUUGUAUAUGAAUAAAAAUAUGUAUAUCUAUGCACUGAGAGGGGAGAAAUCCACAGAUUAGGUGCUAGUCAGGACUGGAUGAAUGCUCAACUCUUGUGGUUGGGAAGGUUCUAUGCCCCGGUUUGUCAGGAGAGAGGAAUUUAGAGAAAAGCCAGUUGGACACUAUAUUCGAAAGUGGAACAUUGAGAGGAGUUGGGCUAGGCCGACAAUGUGUUCUUGUACAAGGAAUAUCUAUUCAGCCCCUCCAUAAUGUUCCCUGAGAUAUGUGUGCGCAACUUUAACUGGAAAAUUGCUUC